UCAAAAAUGUCAACAGAAGCGAGAGAUUUGCAGUCGGCGAACGAGCAAGGACAGGAAAAACAAAGGGAAUUUCGAUCGAAGAAAACACCGGAAUACUUGAAGGAUUAUGUGGAUAUCCCAGGACAAACAAGGAGUAAUCUUGGGGUUGUGAAGAAUCGGAGAACAAUUUUGAAAGGUAAUUUAACCAAGAAAAUAAAUACCAUCAGAAAAUUGACGAAUGAGCGAAAGAGUCGCCGAUUGAUUAACCUUACCUUGAAACAACUCAAAGAAGUGUGGAAUAAAAUAGAAGAAAACCACAAGGAGUUUGAAAAUCUAUGCACGGAGGACGAGGAAAGGCAGAAAGCCGACACGUGGCUUUUAGAAACUCAAGAAAAUCUUGAACAGAUCGAGCUGGAAGUCUUGGAACAACUUGAAGAAAGAGCCGAAGAAUCAGCAUCUGUGGUCUCGGCACCAAGCAUCGCCGACAAGGUAAACGAAGCAAACAGCAGUGUUGGUGGUUGUAUUUUACAGCAAGAAAAUGAAAACUGUGACAAAAAUAGUGAUCUUAACCUGAGUCUUAAAACCAGUGCUUCUAUUAUGCGGGUAAAACAAGCCGAGAGAGAAGCCCAGAUUGCCAAGUUGAAAGUAGAGCAACUAAAAGCAAGAUUUAAGUUGGAAACGGAAAUUGAAGCUCAAAAGGCGAAAAUGGCGGCAGAGAGCUCACAAUUGGACGCGCAAAUGGCGAUCAAAGAAGCAGAAUGGGAAGCAGCUCGCAAAGAGAAGGAGGCGGAGUUGUUGCUGGAUGGUACGUCUGUCGGAUGGGGGGCUCUCAAACGGACUCGGAUGUGGGCAAAAAGGAUUUCAGCACUAUACUGAAAGAGGAAGAGAUGGGUUUUGAAGCAGCAAGGGAACAAGAACAACCCCAACAUAGCACCCCCGCGAGGGGGGACCUACCCACUGUAAACGAAAAUGUGGUAAAGUGGAUGAAAGACCUGGCCUUAGAGGAGAAACCGCAGGACAAGAAGCCACACCCACCAGAGGCUUGGGAUUCAGUACCUAGGCUGUCCUCGUCUCUUCCCAAGGUACAGUUACCAACAUUCGACGGCGAUCCAUUGCAGUGGCCGCAAUGGUAUGGAUUGUUCAAGGCCUUGGUGGACGAACAGCGUAUAUUUACGACAGAGAAGAUGGUUUACCUAAAAUCAGCGGUAACGGGGCCUGCAGAGAGAGCGGUGUCCGGAUUGCUGUUCGACGGGWCUAUGUAUGAAGAAGCUCUGAAGCACUUACAAACUCGUUUUGGAAACCCACAGCUGAUUUCAAGAACGCUGAUCAGAAGAUUGCUGGAGUUACCAAAGCUGCAGGGAGAAACGACAACAGCGCUAAGAACCUUCACUGAUAAUCUACACAACGUGGUGAGGACCUUAAAGACGUAUGGCCAUAACGCAGAUUUGAAGGCGGCAACCAACUUAGAGCAAGUCGUCAGCAAGUUGCCCACUGCUGUUGCUGAAAGGUGGAGCACAAARCGUAUAGACCUUACCUCAAGAGACGUGGGUCUCGAAGAUUUAGACCAAUGAUUAGAAAAGGAGGUAGAAAUAAAAGAACUAACCUUUGACUACAACCCGCAAAAACAACAAAGAAUGGAUGGCGACUACCGCAGAWCCCAAGACCAAAGACCGCGAACAUACCAAGCUAAAACUCAUGUUGCUACGAAUGCUGGUGUCCCAACCGGUAGGAAAAAGUGCGCCAUCUGCAACGGUGGACACCAACUUGCAGAAUGUGAAAGUUGGACGAAAGCCAGCACGGACGGGCGAUGGAGUUUAGCGAAAAAGCAUGGACUUUGUUUCCGAUGCCUUAAUCAAGCCCAUACAAGGGAGUCUUGCUCCGCGACUUCACGGUGCGGGGUAGAUGCGUGUGACCGAAAUCACCACCCCCAACUUCACAAGAAAAGAGUAGUCACAACCAAUCUCAACAAAGACGCAAAACCAUUCACCCCGGUGAGAAAUAACACGGAGGGCAGUAAGCAAGCCGCAAACAGUCAAAGACCACCUCAAGCGAYGACAGACAGUCUGCACCCAGUCUGCGGGGAACGUAAGAGUUCCAGGCCUGUAAGUAGUGGCCUUGCAGACCGUUCCAGUAGUGCUCGUUGGACCGAAAGGAAACAGCCUCAAGGUAAAUGCGUUCCUUGAUGGAGGUUCUGGUUCUUCCUACAUUCGAGAGCAGGUGGCAGAUGUCUUAGGAUUGGAGGC